GGAGGAGGGGGUGAAUAGGGAGAGAAAAAAAAAGAAUAUUGACCUUUGAAAAGCAAAACAGCAGGUGGAGAGCUAAACCAGGCAGCUCAGGACACAUCGGGAGGAAAUUUAACACUGGGAAAAUUAAAGUAUCUGUUAUUUUCAAACUGAAGAGGGACUGUUAAUAUAAUGAGGCCCAACGCUGCCUGUGUUUGAACGUGGCAGCGCACAUGACAGUAGUGUUUGUUGGCGUGGCGGCAGCGAGGUAAGGCAUCAGAGCAAUGGAAGAGAGGAUAGAGGAGAGGGCCGAAGCCAAGCCGCGCAGUUUGACUGCCCUUCAGGAGCAGCUGAUCUGGGCCCUGCUGGGAUCUGGCCUGUCCCGGGACGUCCUGGUCCAAGCCAUAGGGGAACUACAGCGAGACAGGUCGAGCACUGGUGGGGAGAGAGGAGAGAGGGGGGAUGGAGAGAGCUCCGAGGAAGGAGAGAUGGAUUUCCCACCGCCUAUAUUCCGAGAGCUGGAGAAGCUUUCCCCUGAGGAGACAGCCAAACUGAGGGCUGAAGUUGACCGGCUACUGCAGGAGGACCCCUGGCACGUUGCUAAAAUUGUGAAAAGCUACAUGCAGCAGCACAACCUUCCUCAGAGGGAGGUCGUGGAGUCCACAGGGCUCAACCAGUCCCAUCUCUCCCAGCACCUCAACAAAGGCACGCCCAUGAAGAACCAGAAGAGAGCGUCUCUGUACACCUGGUAUGUCAAGAAGCAGUGCGAGAUCAGCCAGCAAUUUACCAAUGCCAAACAUGGCCUUGCAUCUGCAGAGGAGCAAGGAGAGGAGACAAGGAAAGGACGGAGGAACAGGUUUAAAUGGGGUCCAGCCUCCCUGCAAAUCCUCUUCCACGCCUACGAGCGACAGAAGAAUCCCAGCAAGGAGGAGAGAGAGGGGUUAGUGGAGGACUGUAACAGGGCAGAGUGCCAUCAGAGGGGGGUGUCGUCCUCGCAGCUUGCUGGCCUGGGCUCUAACCUGGUCACGGAGGUCCGGGUGUACAACUGGUUCGCAAACCGCCGCAAAGAAGAAGCCUUUCGCCACAAACUGGCUCUCGACACACCUUUCACCAACCAAUCUGCCUCCUCCUCUCACCACAACAUCCCGCCGAGUCCAGAGCAUGGUGUGAAAUACAGCCAGCAGAUCCUGUGUGACGCGGUGAGCUCAGCCCGGGGGAGCGUAGGGGAGAGAGUGGGACGUCUGGUGGUCAGCCCUGCACAACUGGAGCCCAGCCACACACUCCUGGAGACGCACAACCCCAAACUGGUGAGUGCUGGUGUCCAGGUGCUAGUUUAUUUAGUAAACUACCUGUAUAUGCACUGUUGCCAUCCUGACCACGCUGUCCUCUACCCACAGGUGUCCAGUGGAGGCCCUCUGCCCCCUGUAAGCACUCUGACCUCACUGCACAGCCUGUCUGCCUCACCUGCUUCCUCACAGGGCCUCAUCAUGGCUUCACUGCCCAGCGUCAUGAGCCUGGGGGAGUCCUCGCUUCUCAUUGGUUUAGCCUCAUCCCAGGCCAAGAGCGUGCCUGUUAUCAACAACGUGGGGGGCGGGUUCACCACUCUCCAGCCAAUCUCGUUCCAGCAGCAGCUUCACGGCUCUUCCCAGCAGCCAAUAUCACACCAGCUCCAGAGUCACAUGGGGGCCAGCCCCUUCAUGGCAACCAUGGCACAACUGCCAUGCCACAUGUACAAUAAGUCCGAUUCGCCCCAGUACCACACAGUACCAUCCAGUCUGUUGUCUCAAGCCAUGGUGAUCACUGAGGGCAGCAGCCUGGGGACGCUGACCAGCCUCACUGCUGUCAGACAGAUUCUAACAGCAGAUCCUGAGGAACUGACAGACUCUCCUUUACAAGAAGACUCUCUACACAUGCAGCCACAAACACCUGUGCCAGUUUCAUCUGAGAGCCUAGAGCUGUAUCCUGUUUCUCAGACGACAGAGAGUCAUCAGUCUCACAUCCUCUCACCUUCACCAACAGACAUCGGCUCCUACAUCCCUACACAAAUGGUCUCUACUGCGCAGUAGAAGUGCUAAAGCGUGACGGUGUUUUGGGUGGAGGGUUACCUCUGCUGUAAAUUUCCAGAAAAAUACCUGGAGUCAGGAGCCAUAGGGACGAUUCAGUUUUGAUGUUUUAAAGACUCUCCGAAACCACUGUUGUACGAACAAGGAUCGACAUUAGAGAAGAUUAACUUUUGAUACAAAAAUCAACAGAAAAAUCAACACCAAAAUGUAUUUUCAUUGAAGUGUAUAGUGACUUUCAUAAUUUGUAAAUGAAGUUGUAACUUGUAAAUUGCGUGUUGCAUUUUUGUUUAUGUCACUGCUUUGAAAUGCUUUUUCACACUUCUUUCAGUAAAAUAAAGAUUAUUUCAAGAAUAA